UCUUGUAGAAACAUGACUUCUGCAAAUGUCUCUUUGGUGACUGAAUUCAUUCUGGUAGGACUAACAGACCAGCCUGAUCUCCAAAUACCCUUGUUCUUUGUGUUUCUAGCAAUGUAUAUCGUUACUGCAUUGGGGAAUUUGUGUUUGAUAACUCUAAUUGUAAUAAAUUCAAACCUUCACACACCAAUGUACUUUUUCCUCUUUAACUUGUCCUUCAUAGACCUCUGCUAUUCUUCUGUGUUCACUCCCAAAAUGCUGAUGAACUUUAUAUUAAGUAAUAAUGUUAUUUCGUAUGUGGAAUGUUUGACCCAAUUAUAUUUCUUUUGUUUCUUUGUCAUUUCUGAAGGUUAUGUCCUGACAUCAAUGGCCUAUGAUCGCUAUGUGGCUAUCUGUAAUCCAUUAUUGUACACUGUUGCUAUGUCCCCUAAACUGUGUUUGAACCUUAUGUUUGGUACGUAUGCAAUGGCAUUUUCUGGUGCUAUGGCUCACACAGGAUGCAUGCUGAGACUGACCUUCUGUGAUGCAAACACCAUCAACCACUACUUCUGUGACAUCCUCCCUGUGAUGCAGCUCUCCUGCACCAGCACUUACGUUAAUCAGCUUGUAGUUUUUAUUGUAGUGGGCAUCAACGUCACUGUGCCCAGCAUUGCCAUCGUUAUCUCUUAUGCUUUCAUUCUCUCCAGCAUCUGCCACAUCAACUCCGCUGAGGGCAGGUCCAAGGCGUUUAGGACCUGCAGUUCCCACAUGAUUGCUGUUUCUCUGUUCUUUGGAUCAGGUGCAUUCAUGUAUCUCAAACCAUCUUCCUCUUCAUCUAUGGACCAAGGAAAAACCUCUUCUGUCUUUUAUACCAAUGUCGUUCCUAUGAUGAAUCCCUUAAUCUACAGUUUGAGGAACAAAGAUGUGAAAAUGGCCCUGAAAAAAACUCUGACCAGAUGGAAAUUUUGAAUGGCGACAACUUGUAUCUGCCUGUGGCUUACAGAAUGUGGAUACUUUAUAGUUACUUAAAAUGUUUCAUGGGAGAAUAUUUAACAGAUUUUUAUCUCUAGGCAUUAUUCUGUUUUUAAAUUUAAUGUUGAAAAUUUACCACAUGAUAUCUUAGUGUGUAGAUACAUUGUAUCUUGA